AAGGAGCGCCGGAAGUGGCUAGGGUUUUGGCAGAGACCCCGGAAGCAGCGGCCUCCAGUUUUUGCUGCGGCUUCUGACUCCGGCCUUGGGAUGGGUUGCGACGGAGGAACAAUCCCCAAGAGGCACGAGCUGGUGAAGGGACCGAAGAAGGUCGAGAAGGUUGACAAAGAUGCUGAACUGGUGGCCCAGUGGAACUAUUGUACUCUAAGUCAGGAAAUCCUGAGGCGCCCAAUCGUUGCCUGUGAACUUGGCAGACUGUAUAACAAAGACGCUGUCAUCGAGUUUCUGUUGGACAAAUCUGCUGAAAAGGCUCUGGGGAAGGCAGCCUCACACAUUCGAAGCAUCAAGAAUGUGACAGAACUCAGGCUUUCUGACAACCCUGCCUGGGAAGGAGAUAAAGGAAACACCAAGGGCGACAAGCAUGACGAUCUCCAGCGAGCGCGGUUCAUCUGCCCUGUAGUUGGCCUGGAGAUGAAUGGCCGGCACAGGUUUUGCUUCCUUCGAUGCUGUGGUUGUGUGUUUUCGGAACGCGCCUUGAAAGAGAUAAAAGCUGAAGUUUGCCACACGUGUGGGGCUGCCUUCCAGGAGGAUGAUGUCAUUGUGCUCAAUGGCACCAAGGAGGAUGUGGAGUUGCUGAAGAAAAGGAUGGAGGAAAGGCGGCUGCGGGCCAAGCUGGAGAAGAAAACAAAGAAACCGAAGGCGGCUGAGUGUGCUUCAAAGGCGGGUGUCACAGACGACUCUGCAGGGCCAUCAAAAGUGAAGGCUGCCAAGUCGGAAGAAGCAGACCCCGAUCCCAGAGAGAAGAAAAGCACCUUGGUUUCCAAGGGCACAGCAGCUAACGGGAAUGCAUCUGGGAAAGCUGGAAAGCCCCCAUGUGGGGCCCUGAAGAGGUCCAUUGCAGACAGUGAAGAGUCUGAAACCUACAAGUCCAUCUUCACAAGCCACAGCUCUGCCAAGCGCUCCAAGGAGGAGUCUGCCCACUGGGUCACCCACACGUCCUACUGCUUCUAAAGCAGGGCCACGCAUGGCCCCUCCCCACAGGGCUCCUCCCCUGUGGCCUUCUAGGCCACUUGCCUGAUGUGGCACUGUGCUAUAAAGCUGUCCUCUCCACUCUUGGACCUGCGUGGUCACUUGCUGUGAGGUGUGUGGGUCCCGGGAAGGGUGAGGUGGCUUCAGCAUGACUGGCCGCCUUCUCCCAAAGGCUGUACCUCUUGCUUAGCCUGGUAGCCUGGUGACUCUCCUGCUUACAUUUAGGUAACAAAAGGAUUCCGGGUUCCUCACUGCACAGUUGGCUCAUUUUCUAAAGUUGUAAUGGGUAAGGGAAUCAUUGACCCUGAGUUCAGCUUAGGGACAGAGUUCCAGCUGUCAGACCUUGCCCUGGGGUUCUUUCCCGCUACAAGGACACCAUAGAGGAAUCAGACACCUGAGUGACACAGAAUAAAGCCCUUUUCUCUCAUCUCUUCUUUCUUCUCGCUCUUCCUCUUACAGCUUGGUAAGAAAAUGGCAGCCAUCAAGGUGACAGGGACAGACAGGAGUGACACCGUUUCCAUCUUCACAGUUAUAAUUGGAACCUCUGUAAGACUGCUCAUGGGAGCAGGGUAAGAGCUGUCUCCAUGGGCCAGUUCUUAAACCCUGCCGUUGGGUUGGCCAGAUGGCUCGCUCAGCACACACACUUGCAGACCAGAGUCUGGAUCCCCAGAACCUUAAGCCAGGUGAGCACUGUGGCCUGUGGUUCCGACCCUUGUAAGGCAGAGAUGGGAUUCCCAGGCAAGGUGCUCACGAGCUCAGGGUUCUCGGGAGAACCUGUCUCAGUAACUAGAAUGGAGUACAACUGAGAAAGAUGCCCAGUGUCAACUUUGAGUCUCCACACAUGCCUAUGAGCGUGCAAACAUUGAUAAACACUAAAGCCCCUGCUUCUACCCCAGGCUGAGGCAGGCAGAUCACUCAGAUGUCAAAGCUGGCCUAGGUUACACAGCAAGACCUUGCCUUAGGAAACAACCCUCAGGUUUUCUGCUUGCAUGGGAUGGAGCUAGGCCCCAAGCACACUGGAAGUUUGUUCCUGGGCAGUGUGUUACAGGGAGUGUGGAUGUGGGCAGACAGGGUGAGCUGUGAAAUGAGCAUUGUCCAGGAGACCUGGGGGUCUGAUCUUUGUACUUAGAAGCCAAAAUAAAGAUCGUAGAAAUAUC